UCAUACAUGAACCAGGAAAAAAAAAUACCCAUUGCCCCAAAAAAUCAGCUUUAGCUUAGAAUGAUGAAAAUGGACUACGGCGGUGGCCAUCCCAGUAACUGGGUACGGCUCUGUGAUUCUUGCCGGUUGUCUGCUUCCACGCUUUACUGUCACAACGAUUCAGCGUACCUCUGUUCUUCCUGUGAUGGACAAAUUCACGCGAUGGGGUCUCCUUGUUGGUGCCACAAUCGUGUGAAACUUUGCGGAUCGUGUGAGAACGCUCCGGUGGCUUUCAUCUGCAAGGCCGAUGAUGCUUCGCUGUGUGUCGACUGUGACUUUGAAAUUCACUCUGCCAAUCCAAUUGCUAGCCGACACAAUAGGGUCCCUGUGUCUCCCUUGUCUCAUAUACUCAACGACAACGUGGCAACUCCCGAUGAACAGCCUAAUUACGAGGUUGUCGUCAAAAACAACAUAAGUAGCAAGGAAGUGGACGAGCAAGAAGCUGAUUCGUGGUUACUGCUUGAUUCUGCUGAUACUAUAGACAGCCAGGUUGAUGAUGGUUUUAUGUUCGGAGUAGCAGAGGAUGAUCACCAUGCUUACGUGGGGCUUGUUGAAGAGAGUGAUUCAUCCACAAAGUUCAAAAAUUUCCAGGAAGAUCGUGAUCAGGGGAAGCAAGCUUAUAGCUUCUCUGAAGAGAUGAAAGAAAGUGACAGUGUUGUGCCAGUUCAAUCGGUUGCAGCUCAGCCUAAGCAAUUGCAGCCACAACACCAGCAAAAUAUUUACUUCAACGUGGAGAAGAAACCAUCAAGAGUGGCUUUCACUAAUUACGCCUCGAAUUGCCGGAGCUUUGGGUUUAAUGAAAAUCAGGUAGCUGUUCCAUGUAUGGGUUCUCAAAUGCUGCAAAGUGGGACGAUGUGUGACAUGCCAGGGUUCAGAUUUCCCAAAGGAACAGAGACAUUUCCAAGUGCUUCAGUUCCAAUGCAAAUCCACUUUGGACAUAUGAACAGGAAAGCUGGAGUGGAGAAAUACAGAGAGAAGAAGAAAUCUAGAAAGUUCGAGAAGAGAAUCAGAUAUGCUUACAGGAAAGCCUACGCUGAGAAACGACCCAGAGUUAAGGGCAGAUUUGUUAAGAGACAAGACUUAACCUCAGAUGAAGCCGUGCCUCUCCAUUGAACAUCUCAGCCGCGGCAGCUUAUCUAAUUGAAUGUGAUCUAGUUUCUAAUUUCUAUGUAAAACCCAGCUACAAUAUAUUAAGGAGUACUUAUAAGCUUUUUUUUACCGAGUUUUAAUUAGCUAGACGGGUGAAUUUGUUAGGUAAUUGUUAGGUUAGUUUACGUGUGAAUGAAUUUAAGUUGAUGUGAGCAGUCUCAUACCAGAUAAAGUUAGAUAUCUCACAUACUUACGCA